AUGAAACAAGCAUUUUUGCAAAUUUCGCUCAAAGAAGAAGAUCGAGAUAUUACUCGUUUUUUCUUUACCGAUGACCCCUCGGACGAAUCUAUUGCACCCCAGGUUUAUAAAUUUACUCGCGUCCUAUUCGGCAUCAGUAGCAGUCCGUUUUUAUUGGCAGGAACUUUGAAAUAUCAUCUGAAACAGUAUACUGAAAAAUAUCCAGUGACUACAAAAUUUUUAAAUGAUAAUAUUUAUGUCGAUGACAUCAUCGGUAGUCAUGCAUCUGUAGAUGAAGCCUUAUCUCAUACAUUAGAGUCCAUAGCAAUUUUCGAAGGUGCUAGUUUGUCACUACACAAGUGGCGCACUAAUUCGAAGACCCUACGCGAAUUGUGGAAAAAACAUGGAGUGAUUUCGAGUGAUAAUGCCGAACACCUCAAAGAAGAAAAUAUGACUUACAAAGUCUUGGGUAUAGCAUGGGACAACUUAAAGGACAUUCUUUAUUUUGAUGUUGGAGAUCUAGUCAAAUUUGUUUCUAGAGGAACUGACACUAAACGUUACGUGCUCCAGGUCUUAGGACGCAUCUUCGAUCCUAUCGGAAUUUUAGGUCCUUUUACAGUGAGAAUUAAAUGUUUGAUGCAGAAGAUUUGGACGUUACGUAUUGAUUGGGAUGACAGAUUACCCGAAGAUCUAAGUUCGUUAUGGAGAAGCUGGUGCGAAGAAGUUCCUCAACUGACGGAAAUUUCAAUCCCACGCCACUAUUUUUUCGAAAACCUAAAUAUUGAUAUCAAGACUCUUGAACUUCAUUUCUUUUGUGACGCAAGUAUGAAAGCAUUUGGAACAGUUGCCUACAUGCGUGUUUUAUCUCGAAAUGAAGACGUUCGAACGGCCUUUGUAGCUUCUAAAAAUCGAGUUGCUCCGAUAAAAUCUCUUACAUUGCCUCGGCUGGAGCUCAUGGCUGCAGUAUUGUCAGCAAAAUUAAGUUUUAAUAUUUUGAAAUCCUUGAAACGUGACAUUCCGUGCUAUUUCUGGUCUGACUCGAAGAUAACAAUUUUUUGGAUAAAAGGCAAUCCUGAGAAAUUCAAACCUUUUGUCAAGAAUCGGAUUGAAGAAAUUCGCAAAUUCACAGCACCUUCAGACUGGUUUUUUUGCCCCGGAAAGGUCAACCCUUCAGAUACCUUGUCGAGGGGAGCAAAAGUUUCUAAACUGCUAGAAGAUCCAACCUGGCUGACAGGACCGCAGUGGCUAAAAAAUUCUCCAGAAUACUGGCCGAAGUCAGAAAAUGAUGAAGCAAUAAAUACAGAAGAAUUAGAAUGCAGAAAGAAAUCGAAGGACAUCUUUCAGUGUGAAUGUCUUGUUGAAGAAAAGGAAAAUCCAAUCAACAUUACUAAAUUUAGUAAUAUGGAGAAGUUGGUAAGGAUUACAGCUUGGGUGAAGAAGUCGAUCAUGAAAUUUAGAAAGAUUUCUAAUAUAGGAAAUACAUUGACCGCUGAAGAAUUAAUAGAAGCUGAGAAUCAUCUGAUAAGAUUAGAACAGAAGAUCUUUUUUAAAGAAGAUUACGAAUCCUUGAAGAAUGGAGAACUGAUUCAAAAAGACUCUGAUUUGUUUAACUUUUUGCCAUUCAUGGAUGAAAAUGAAAUUAUCAGACUAGGAGGAAGAUUAGAAUUUGCUGAAUUAUCUACAGAAGAAAAACAUCCUAUUAUUCUUCCAAAACGGUCCUGGCUGACAUUUUUAAUCACAAGAAGAGAACAUGAGAAAAUAAUUUUUGCUCUCAUUUUGCCUAGUCUGCCUCGUAACUUCAAUGCCAUAGGAAGCUCAGGCUAUGAAUUAACGCAAUACAGUGAAACCUGUAUUGAAAUAGAACUUAGAAUUGAAAGAAGGGAGUCUACUGCUGCCUUCUGCUCCGUUUUUUGUGAUAACUCAAUAAUGUGA